AAAUGUCAAGUUGAUAAUGGUGCGGCGUCCCCUGUCUUUAUUAAGCUAUGGUCAUUGAUAAGUAUAAAUCCAUGGAGUUGAAAAACACGAAAACAUUGUCAAAGGCUUGGGAAAGAGAGAGGGAGAGGGAGAGGGACAGAAAAGUGAAAACAAAUAGUUUCAAUGAAUCAUUCUGGAAGUUGAAUUAAAAUAGAGGCAAGAGAGAUUUGAAAAUCAUGUCCCUUCUGGAAGCUGAAUAUUAAAACCUUGAUCUGCACAUAAUGGAGAAAGGCAUAUACUGGUUGAGGAUAGAGUUGUUGAAACUGGCAGAAUGUUUAUAGUUUUCACAACCCCUUUGCACUCCUCUUGUCAAUCCACAACUGUUUCUAGUUGACUCUAUAGAUGUUGUAGAGAAACAUUUCUUUCUCUCUCAAUUUUGGUGAAAUGGGUGGUGUUCAUGCAAUUGGGCUCUUGCUUUGUUCCUUGGUGUUGCUUUUUGAUUAUUCAAUUUCACACCCUCUAUGCAUUGAUUCAAGAGCACCUUCUACUCUGAGCACCCCACUCAAGUUUUGUUCUUACAAUGGAACUGCUUGCUGCAACUCCACUGAAGAUUCACAGAUACAGAAGCAAUUCCUGUCCAUGAACAUCUCUAGUUCUGCUUGUGCUUCUCUCUUGAAACCAGUACUUUGUGCUAGGUGUGAUCCAUUUGCUGCUGAGCUAUUCACAGUUAAUUCUGUGCCUAGGCCAGUUCCUAUACUAUGCAACUCAACUAUUUCAGCAAAUUCAUCCCAGUCUUUAAUCCAAGUAACAAGUGACUUUUGCUCUAACUUAUGGGACACAUGUCAAAAUGUGUCCAUGUCCAACUCCCCAUUUGCUCCUUCAUUACAAGGCCAAGCUGGAAUACCUGUGAAUUCCACUGUUAGUGAGCUAACCCAAUUCUGGCAAUCAAAAGCCGAUUUCUGCAAUGCAUUUGGUGGAGUUUCUAGUGAGGACUCGGUGUGUUUUGAUGGUGAGCCUGUCAAACUGAAUGACACUGGAACUCCUAUCCCCCCACAUGGUUUGUGCCUUGAGAAAAUCGGUAAUGGAUCUUACCUCAACAUGGUUGCUCAUCCUGAUGGCUCAAACCGUGCAUUUUUCUCCAGUCAAGAGGGUAAGGUUUGGUUGGCAACUAUACCGGAAGAAGGGUCAGGAGAGGCAAUGGGGCUUGAUGAGUCCAGUCCCUUUGUGGAUUUAACUGAUCAAGUUCAUUUUGAUACGGCGUUUGGCAUGAUGGGUAUGGCUUUUCAUCCCAAUUUUGCACAAAAUGGGAGGUUCUAUGCUUCAUUUAACUGUGACAAGGAGAAGUGGCCAGGAUGUACAGGAAGAUGUUCAUGUAAUUCAGAUGUCAACUGUGAUCCUUCAAAGCUUGGUUCUGAUAAUGGUGCUCAACCAUGCCAGUACCAAACUGUUAUAGCAGAAUACACUGCUAAUGGUACCGCGUCACAACCUUCCUUGGCUACAAGUGCUAAACCAUCAGAAGUUAGAAGGAUAUUUACUAUGGGCCUCCCUUUCACAGGUCAUCAUGCAGGACAGAUACUCUUUGGACCGGAGGACGGGUAUUUAUACUUCAUGAUGGGAGAUGGUGGAGGCACAGGUGAUCCCUACAACUUCUCUCAAAACAAGAAAUCAUUGCUUGGAAAGAUUAUGAGGCUCGACGUUGAUAAUGUUCUAAGUGCUUCAGAAAUUGAUAAACUUGUUCUAUGGGGAAACUACUCUAUCCCAAAAGACAAUCCAGUAAGUGAAGAUCCAGAACUGAGGCCAGAAAUAUGGGCCACAGGGCUAAGAAAUCCUUGGCGCUGCAGUUUCGAUUCAGAAGAGCCUUCAUAUUUUAUAUGUGCAGAUGUUGGACAGGAUCUGUAUGAAGAGGUGGAUGUUAUCACCAAGGGUGGAAACUAUGGCUGGAAUGUUUAUGAGGGCCCCUAUCCUUUCACUCUUCCAAACUCAUCUAGUAAAAACACAUCCACAAGACUCACAAACCCAAUUUUUCCAAUAAUGGGGUACAACCAUUCUGAGGUAAACAAGAAAGAAGGUUCAGCAUCUAUUACUGGGGGAUAUAUCUAUCGCUCCAAAACUGAUCCAUGCAUGUAUGGAAGGUAUGUAUAUGGAGAUCUGUAUGCUGGUGCCAUAUGGGCUGGCAGUGAAGACCCAGAAAACAGUGGCAACUUUAGCACAAGCAAAAUCCCCUUCAGCUGCGGACGUGACUCUCCCAUACCUUGUACCUCUGUCCCUGGAAGCAGUCUUCCGGCUCUGGGCUACAUUUUCUCAUUCGGGGAGGACAACCGCAAAGAUAUCUUUGUCCUGUCGAGCUCUGGUGUUUAUAGAGUUGUUCGUCCUAGUCGCUGUAAUUACACUUGCUCCAAGGAAAAUGUUACUUCUGUGGCAACCCCAGGUCCUUCUGCUUCACCUAAUGAUGCUUGCUGGAUAAGUAAGCCAUCUAAGAGCACAGUGCUCCUAGUCUCUUCUCUGGUACUUCUGCUUCUGCUCAGUUUUGUCUAGUAUAAAUUGCAUCAAUAUCUUAUGUGAUUAUUUUACCAUAACAGCUUUUCUUUGUAAUUAUUUGUUUUGAGAGUACUGAUCAUAAGAGGGAUAUACAUGAUUGCAUCAUCAUAGAAAGCUAGCUACUUUGCUCAAAGUUUCUUGAUCCAAUAAAGUUGACCCACUAUUGAUCCA